AUGUCACCGACUAUUCUCGUUAGCUUAGCACUGAGCGCCAUCAGCUUCUAUGUCGUCAAACUGUUCCUGACCCGCCAAAGGCGUCCUGGUCCCCUGCCGCCGGGACCAAAACCAAAGCCUGUGCUUGGCAACGUAUCCGAUCUACCACCGCCAGGCACACAAGAUUGGAAGCAUUGGCUUCAUCAUAAAGAUGCGUAUGGGCCGGUCAGCUCCAUCACGGUGAUGGGGCAAACCAUCGUGAUCCUGAACAAUGCAAAUGUGGCGAACGAACUGCUAGUGAAGCGCUCAUCAAAGUACUCUUCAAGGCCAAAUCUCGUGUUUGCCUCGGAAAUGGUGGGGUGGGAGAAUAUUACGGCUAUGCAAAAGAGUACACCCCGGUUACGUGCCUACCGCAAGGCAAUGCAGCCGUACAUCGGUUCCGAGUCGGCUGUCGCCCAGUAUAACUCUCUACAGGAAAUAGAGACACAUCGGUUUCUCUUCCGCGUUCUCGGGGACCAGGGAAAACUGUCGGAGCAUAUUCAGACGGAAGCAGGUGCUGUCAUCCUCAAAAUUGCAUACGGCUAUACGAUCGACCCGCAUGAGCGCGAUCUCCUGGUGCAUAUCUCGAAUGUAGCUUUGGAUAUUUUCUCAAAGGCUGCCACACCUGGGACUUGGCUAGUCGAUAUAAUCCCUGCUCUGAAAUACAUCCCGGCCUGGUUCCCGGGAGCAGGUUUCAAGCGUACUGCUCAGGCAUGGAAGAAGGAUAUCUGCGCUAUGACCGAUAUACCAUAUGAGUUUGUGAAGCGGCAAAUGCAAGAAGGACACUAUCAGCCGUCCUAUCUAUCCAAUCUAUUCAAGGAAGCAGGGCAUCCAGCACCCCGGUCAGAAGAUGAGUUGAUUGCGAAAUGGACUGCUGCAUCGCUUUAUUCUGGGGGUGCCGACACUACUGUGUGUGCAGUGGAAUGCUUCUUCCUCGCAAUGACCCUACACCCCGAGGUGCAACGCAAAGCGCAAGAGGAGAUAGAUCGAGUAUUGGGGCCUUGCCAGCUCCCAACAGUGGCAGACCGCCCUCGCUUGUCGUACAUCAAUGCUGUCGUGAAGGAAGUCCUGCGUUGGCAUCCGGUGGCACCUAUGGGCAUCGCACACGAAUCAAGUGAGGAUGAUAUAUGGGGACCAUAUUUCAUCCCAAAGGGUUCUGUGAUUUUGCCAAACAUUUGGGCCAUGACACAUGAUCCCAUGGUUUAUCCCGAUCCCGCGACAUUCAACCCCGAUCGCUUCUUAGCAACCGCCGGUCACGAGCCCGAGCCCGAUCCUCAUAACCUUGUCUUUGGCUUUGGUCGUCGUAUCUGUCCAGCGCGUGCAUUGGCAGAUGUCACAGUGUACCUGAGUGUGGCACAAUCGCUUGCUGUCUUUGAUAUCAAAAAGGCCGUUGAGAAUGGGAAGGAAGUCGAUGUGGAAGCGAAGUUCAAGCCUGGCGUCGUCAGUCACCCAGAGCCUUGGAGGUUCCAUAUUGAGCCUCGCAGUGCGGCUCAUGAAGCGCUCAUUCGUUCGGUCGAGGAGAUAGCUCCAUGGGAGAACAGUAACGCUGCAGACUUGGUGGAUGUUCAGUGA